GACCCCAUCACCUUUCCGUGAUCGGCCGAUGUCUUCCAGACCUUGACCCUGCCAGAGAACGGUAGUCGCCGCAUCUCCACGACGAACUCCAGGACAGUCCGCGCGUCCGGCUGGACACCCAGUACGGGCCGAUCACAGGCGCUCGUGCCGCCAACGGGAGCGCGGUGUUUCUCGAGGUGCCCUACGCACAGCCGCCCGCGCGAUUCCAGGAUGCGCAGCCGCUCCCGUCCGGCUAUCGCUACGCCGAUCGCGAGUAUACCACCGAGUCGGCCUACGCGAUUCAGCCCCACAACGACGGCCAGGCACGCGACACGCCGUUCCAAGAUAAGGUUGGAUUUGGAGAACCGACCGAAAAUGCGCUGUUUCUGAACAUCGUAUCGCCGCCUGCGUUCCCAGAGAAGAAGGCGUUUCCGGUCAAGGUCUAUAUCCACGGGGGCUUCUUGCAAUUCGGAUCCCCGCACGGGCUCAAGGGUCAGGCUCAGUUCAUUGCAGCUGAGCGGAACGAAGUAUGGGUAAAUAUCGGAUAUCGGCUGUCUGCAUUUGGUUUUCUGGCCUCGGACAAGCCGGCUAUCGCUGGUAAUUUCGGUUUCAAGGAUCAGUGGCUGGCACUGCUCUGGAUCAAGGAAAAUAUCCAGUCUUUUGGAGGCGAUCCACAGAAAAUUCAAGUCACCGGACUCUCCGCUGGUGCCCAUUCUGUCCAUCAGCUUCUUCAUCACGCGUCGCAUCUUCCCGAUGGAGUCUCCGCGCCAUUCAGCUCUGCUGCGCUCCAAUCAAACGCCAUACUUUGUGAUCCUAGAACACCGGCGCAGCUGCGCCCUCAAUUCGAGGCGCUGUGCCACGCACUCGCACUGGAUCCUUCUGCGUCCGAUACAUUGGACAAGCUGUCCGCGGUUCCUGCGUCCCGAAUCACAGCGGCGAUCGAGACUGAUGCUCUUGGCACAAAAUAUGGCACGUUCCGCGCGUGCAUGGACGGUUCCUGGCUGCCGUCCAGUCCUUCGCCAAUGGAAUGGCAACGCUCACCGGAAUUUGCCAGCCGCCUGCGCGAGAAAGGCAUAAAAAGCAUCAUUGUGGGGGAUCUGACCGAAGAAUGGUACCUCUAUUCGAUUGCGCACCCCGUCCAAACGGCACGAGAUAUAUCGCCCAACCUGGAGCGGUACUUCGAGAAGGAUUUCGUGGACGAGGUGAUGGAGAAA